AUGGCGAUUGAUAGUGUCGCAGCUUCUUCCUCACAGCCAGCACCAAAGCGUCCACGUCCUGUGGCUUGCAAGGCGAAGCCCCGGGCUCUCCCGAUUGAGCCUCAGAGCUCUUCGACUCUAUCCCAUCCCGCUACUUCUGACGGUGAAGAUAGGGAAAAGAACAAGAAUAAUGGCAAGGGGAAGAGAAGGGCUUCGAUCGAAUCUUCUCACAGCUGUAAAGAGGAUAUCUCAAGGAAUAACCUCCGUCCCACAAAGCGCUCAAAGUUGGAACUAGCCGUACCUGUAGCGCAUAAACACGAACAAUUCUGGGUCCUUGAUGGGAACACGGUCCUCGAGGUUGGAGGCGUGCUCUUCAAACUCCACCGUUCUAGGCUCAUUGAUCAGUCAACCUUUUUUGCUGGCCUCUUGGAUGAACAAGAUGUGUUUAUGGACGACAGUGUCGUAGUCGAAAGCGACGAGCAUGGCUUGGUAUACCACCUGUCGAAUACCACACCGACAGAUCUCGAGGCAUUACUACAGCUCGAUAGGAACCCAAUGGCUUAUUAUUUCAGCCCUCCUACAUUCCAGGUCUUGGCUGCUAUCCUUCGCGCAGCAACUAGAUUAGAGUUCGACACGUAUCGAGCCUUUGCCGUGAAACUCUUAGAGAAUGCUUGGUCCUCAUCUCUCAUGGAUAUCACUACGGAAACUAAAACUAAUGCAGUAGAAGUCGUGAUUCUUGCGCGGACCUGUGGCAUCGAAAGCGUCUUAAAGAGGGCUUUCUAUGAAAUGGUUCGGGUAACAGGCUAUGGUCUUGGUGACGGCGAGUUGAACGGCGACAACGGAGAAGAGUCUCAGGAAAUCAGCCGCGCAGACGAAAGGCGUUUGGAACGCAUGAGAGAGCAUCUCAUUUCGGCCUGGUCACAGGUUGCAGUGCGCGUGGAUCGUUCCUUCAAAUGCCCCAACCAGUCAAAAGAAACGACGACCGCCGGGAGAGCCCACAUCCUUGGGUCGUCCUCUGCUUCACCGCGUCUCCCCGGAUGUCCAUCUCUGUCUUUGAAGCAAGACGCUUGGGAGAGGCGCGUGCACGACUCUGGGCUCUACGACGAGUAUCAGUUUGACCCUUUGUGCGGACUUCAAGCCCUCAUCGACAUCAAAUGGGACGAGGAAGAAGGCUGGUGCUCAGACUGUGUGCGGGCAAGAAGGGAAGCCUGGACGAGAAUGCGUCAGAAAACUUGGGAACGCAUUGGAGUGUGGAUGGGUCUUGACAACUGA